GGGUGGAGUUCAGACUGCCCGCGCCGAAAAACCUCAUCGAUAGGUUUUAGGUCAAGUCUAAUUAAUAGUGUCGAAUAUCUACCUGCCUAUAAAUUAAUGGCCUCUUCGGGAGAUCAAUCUACACUAUGAAGAUGCAAGUCGAUAUCCGUACAGUGGUGCACAAGUCAUCCCACAGCUCAUCCGAUGGCGAGGAGCCCCGGUUGAGCUUGUGGACAUCCCACAUGUACCAGCUGUACGCCAUAUUGGCGUUGGGCUAUCUGUGUAUUGUAUUGCAGGGUUAUGAUGGUUCUUUAAUGUCGUCAAUAAAUGCUAUGCCUCAAUAUCAACACUAUUAUGGACUAAAAUCAGCCGGCUCCUCUACCGGUUUAGUAUUUGCCAUUUACAAUAUCGGCAGCCUAGGAUCUCUUCCCAUCGCCGGUCCCGUCAAUGAUCUCCUUGGCAGGCGAAUCGGUAUUUUUCUAGGUUGCUGUUUUAUCGUCAUUGGAACCUGCGUACAGGCCCCCGCCACUUCGAGACAAAUGUUCCUUGGCGGUCGAUUCUUGUGUGGCUUUGGGCAGGGUUUCGUCAACGUCUCUGCCCCCGUGUUUGUGUCAGAACUAGCUCAUCCUCGCUGGCGAGGUCCUCUUUCCGGUCUCAUGCAGACAAACUACUUUAUUGGAAGCAUCAUUGCCUCGUGGGUCACGUACGGAACCGCCUAUCUGGAUGGAGAAAAAGCCUUUCGCAUACCCAUCUGGCUCCAGCUCGUCACUGCAGGUAUUAUUGCUAUAGGGAUAUGGUUCGCCCCUGAAACUCCGCGGUGGCUCAUGGCUCAUAGUCGACAUCAAGAAGCUGAAAGGAUCCUGACUAAGUUGCACGGCGAGGGGUCCACAGAACAUUUUUACGUCCGGUUGCAGCUUGUCGAGAUGGAAAGCCAAAUACGCGAGACUGGAUCCGACAAACGCUGGUGGGAUUAUAGGGACUUGUUCAAUACUCGGUCAGCUCGUCGGCGUAUGAUUUGCGUGAUUGGAAUGGCUUGGUUCGGGCAAUACUCCGGUAAUGCUUUGGUCAGCUACUAUUUCCCGGUCAUUGUGCAGCAAGCCGGAAUCGACGAUCCACACAUGCAACUUUUGUUGAAUGCUCUAAAUCCAGUCAUUUCUUGGUUAUUGGCCAUCCUAGGAGCUAUCCUUCUAGAUCGUGUAGGUCGACGGCCUUUUCUACUGAGCGGCGUCCUGGGCAUGUCGAUGUGCUUGGCUAUCGUCACUGGCUGCACCAAACUCUCUGUGGAUUAUUCCAACCGUACAGCUAGCCAUACCGGCAUUUUCUUCAUCUACCUGUUUAGUGCCAUCUUUGCACUAUGUAUAGUACCACUCAUCCCCUUCUACAUCGCCGAAACUCUAGAUACUGAGACCCGCGCAAAGGGUUCAGCGGUUGGACAACUAUUCGGCUCAGCAGCAUCCAUUCUGGGACAAUACACAACAGCUACAGCCAUCGGCUCAAUCGGAUAUUAUUACUAUCUCGUCUUCAUUUUCUGGGACUUGGUGGAAUUCGCCAUCAUAUACUUCUUCUUUGUUGAAACGAAAGAGCGCACCCUGGAAGAGAUGGCGGAGAUAUUUGAAGCUCCCAAUCCUGUUCGAAAGUCUUUAGAAAAGAGGCCUCGACGGACAGUGGAGCAUACGACUUAUCACGAGAAAUGAUUCUAGUUACUCAGGGGUUCGUGCUAAUAUGGCGUUAUAUGUA